AAACUAAAAUACAUUUUUAGUAAACAAAGCGGGUUUGGUUAGUUUUUGAGCAUCAAACCUCCAAUCCGUUAUUGCUGGAAAGUUCUCCUGAACUUUUAUUUAUAAGAAAAUAUCUUUAAUUUAUCAAACUCUGCUUUCUUAUCUCUGCCUCUCCAACCCCAAUGGCUUCUCUCUUCUCCAUUUCGUUUACCAAAAAUGUGGCUUUCGCUUCACUCAAUCCCGACCCCCACUCUCACUCUCACUCUCCUCCUCUCAAAACCAAUCUCGCCGCCCACACCAUUCCGAUCAACAAUCCCCGCCUACGGCGCAAGCUUCUAAACCCUCCUCGCCCCUCCCUCAUUGAAAUCGAACGUGCUAUUGGUGGUGGAAGGUUCAGAGACGCCGACCCUAGGGAAUUGGAAGAAGAUAAGAAGGCUGCAUUUGACAUGUUUUUGAUGAGUUUUACGGGGAAAUAUGAAGCGCCACUCAUGAAAAAGCUUCGUGAGACAGGGGAAUGGGUAACUAAUCAAACUGAAACCAAAUUUCAAGCUUCGGGAAAAUGGUUUCUGUUGUUUACAUUUCAAUGGGUUCUUCCAAUUUGGGCAUUGUCACUUCUCGUGGCUUCUGGGGUCAUUAAGCUACCAUUCAGCACUCCAUUUCUUAAUGAACUUCUCAUGUAAUAAGGUAAGAUUAAAUUACCCAAUUUAAUCUCUAAAAUUUCACUUUAAUAUAUUGGAUAUAGAAGGAAGGUGUUAAAGUAUAUAUCUAACAUUGAAAAUUUAGAAGUUGACAUAUAGUUUAUUUAUUCUAUCAUCCAAAGGGCUUGGUUGUUUUAA